GAUACACCCAUUUAUUAUUCAUUCUUGUACAAAUUGCAGCUAUAAUUUCAAAAGUUUCGAACUUUCCAACUGUGUUAGAAAUGGCUCCCAAGAACAACCGCGGAAAGGCAAAGGGAGAGAAGAAGAAGAAAGAAGAAAAAGUUCUUCCGUUGGCUCUGGACAUCACCGUGAACCUUCCCGACGAAACCUGUGUCGUCUUAAAGCACAAGACUUUCUCAUCUCAAGUCGUGUAAAAUUAUAUGCAUAUUUUUCAUCAUUGGUUUCAGUCGCCCUCAUUUCUCAUGUCUUAUUGUAAUAUAUAUCAUCAUCAAAUGGUUGGUAUAGGUUGCGUAAUUUGACUGAAAAAACGGUAUUGGUUUUGAAAUAAUUUCUUGGAUAGUAU